UUUGUUGUUUUAUUUUUUAUCUACGUGACUUUACCGAAUAGAACCAAAGAGUAAGCGCAAUUCACACGAACUCAAUACAUUCGGUGCCAAUAACACUGGCCUUAAAAUAACAAUACAAAUUGCAGCUGACGUUUCGGGCAAUGACCCCUGAAUGAUGUUCUGAAGAGCAUCAGUUGGCCUGGCAUUGACGAAUGCGCUUAGGAUUUUUUUCAUUAUUAGUCAUUAGGUUGUAUUGAUUGGAUGUUUAUUUGUAUCGAUAAUGGAUUGCCGCACGGCAGGAGAUAAAGACGCCUUUGUCCAGCAGUGGAUUGAUCAUGGAUGGUGAUGAGUUACAAUCACUGUGGCAUCAUUUGCAAGAGGAAUAUUUUUUUCCUCGUUUAUGUUUUGUGUUGUGACCUGAAUUUUCGACGACAAUUCAACGAAAAUAAAUUAGAAUUUCAGCAGUUUCAAGAACUUCGCGGAGAUUAUUGACAGUUUCUGUGGGUAAUGCAGCAGUGAAUCUACGUCAAAAUGCCUUCAUGCGAAAUGUACUGAAAAUACCGUUCCUCGUACACUUCUACGUGGAUGAUGCUUGGAAUUUAAUGUAAGGAUGGCAUACGCCGCUUGGUAAGUUUGGAUUAGCACGUGGAAAGGCAGUUGUUACCGAGGCGGGUAUUGGAGUGGCACUUAAAAGGUCGGCAACUCGGGGACGAAAGAAUUCAGGCGAAAUGGCAGAAUACAAGAAUACAAUCUCGGAGGUUGAACUGAAACAAUUACGGGAUCUAGCAGCAGGAGGCAAUAUGUCGUGGCAUCAACAACAUUUGCCAUGAUGACCUCUUGAUUUUACUUGAGGUAUAUUCAUUAAUGAACUAUAGAUACACUACGUACGAGCCCAUAUGUAAUAGAACACAUUAUAUUCACCAUCUUCCUUUCUCCAAAGGCUUGGCCAGUAAAUCAUCAUCAUUAUUUCCCAUUGCAAGUCACUUUCAUUCAGGUGCUUUGGAAUGUGUUUUUUAUUCCCCCCUAGCUCUCUCAAUUCAUCUCUCACACCGAACCCCAACAGCUCGGAGUCACUUCAUGCAGCAGAGAGCAGCCCGGGCUGGAGGAGGAGUUGGUGGGCACAUGGACACAGAGCCACGGCCAUGGCCUCAGACACCACGAAAGCCCUGCAGGGAGCCUCAACUCUUGCCAUCUACAAUGUCCUCUUACAGGUGUCCUUCCGUGUCGUCACAUUCGUGCUUAACGCCUUCAUCUUGCGACACCUCUCCAAGGAGGUGCUGGGGGUCGUCAAUGUCAGGCUCACCCUGCUCUACUCCACCACCGUGUUCCUGGCGAGGGAGGCGUUCCGGCGAGCCUGCCUGAGCCGGGGAUCUUCCGCCGACUGGCGUCGCGUCAUCAACCUCCUGUGGAUGGCGGUGCCGCUGGGGGCAGCAUGCGCCGGAGCGCUGGGCUACGUGUGGGCCAGAUGGCUUGAGGCCCCGGACGCGAAGCACGUGCCCGCCUACCCGGCCGCAGUGUGGGCGUUUGCGGUCUCGGCUGUUGUGGAGCUGCUGUCAGAGCCGCUCUGGGUGCUCGCUCAGGCGCACAUGUUCGUGCGACUACGGGUGUGUGCGGAGAGCCUGGCGUUGGGCAGCAGGAGCAUCCUCACCGUGGUGUUGGUGUUCCUCGUGCCGCACUGGGGCCUCUGGGUUUUCGCUUUGGCACAGCUGAUGUAUGCAGUUGUCCUGUCCAUCUGCUACUACGUCUACUUCACCCUCUACAUCGGCUCUACAGCCGCCAAGGAUAGCCACUUUCCCAUCAGCUCUGUCCGCCAGAUGUUCUUCACUUGGGGCACUCAGCCAUUUGAAUGGGCACUCGUCACUUUGACUAGGAGCUUCCUGAUGCAAUCCUUCCUGAAGCAACUUCUCACUGAAGGGGAGAAAUACAUCAUGACUUUCUUCAAUGUCCUCAACUUUGGAGAUCAAGGCAUCUACGACGUGGUGAACAACCUGGGCUCCAUGGUGCCGCGCUUUGUCUUCCUGCCCAUUGAGGACAGCUUCUACGUCUUCUUCGCUCGCUCGCUCAUCCGUGGAAAGAUUGCCAUGCAGCAGAACGAGGAUGACAUCGCCAUCAUGGCCAAGGUGCUGCAGUCACUGCUCAAGCUGGUGCUGCUCAUCGGCGUCACCGUCCUCACGUUCGGCUUCUCGUACUCGUACCUGGCGCUCGACCUGUACGGGGGAUCGCUGCUCAGCUCCAGCGGCGGGCCGAUGUUGCUGCGCUGGUACUCCGCUUACGUGCUGUUCUUGGCGCUGAAUGGCAUCACAGAGUGCUUCGUGUUUGCUGCCAUGGAGCAGAGCGAAGUGGACAGGUACAACAUGAGACUCCUGGUCCUCUCGGUGGUGUUCCUGGUGCUGUCGUACGCGCUGACGCGAGCAUUCGGCUCCGUGGGCUUCGUGCUCGCUAACUGCCUCAACAUGGCCCUGCGCCUGGCCUCCAGCCUGAAGUUCAUCGCCGCCUACUUCCGCGACACGCCGCACGAGCCGCUCGCCGCGCUGCGCCCCAACCUCGCCCUCGCGUUCACGUUUCUCUGCAGUUGGGCCAUCACCGCCUACUCAGAGUCGGUGCUGUGCUGUGACCACGGCGUGGUUCCACGCCUGCUUCAUGUCGCCCUGGGAGCCGCGUGCCUGUUGGCCGUCGUCAUCAUGACUGCCCGCACCGAACGCGAGCUCGUCUCGUUUGUAUGGCAACAGUUCCUACCCACGUUUUUCCAAACAAAGCAGAGCUGACUCUCAACCACCAUCUCUCUCGCAUAUAUAUGGAGUUUUAUAUUUGGAGUUUGCUUGGCUCUCUCACCAUGGUCGUGUGGCUUUUUCUCCGGAUCCUCCAUUGUUUCCCUCCACAUUUGGAAUCA